AUGGCUUAUGUCCUAAAUGUCAGUGACCUAAAAAUUCUAAAUACUGAUGUCGAACUUGCAAUUCCAGUGGUAGCUCGGAAUCUAAAUGAUUCAGCGGAUAUUAAAGAAGAUUUUUUGCAAGAGAUUGCUAAUCAUAAAAUGUUUACUUCAGUUCGAAUUGUUAAGUGUCAUGGUAUUUCCCAAGACCCACAAACCGAGAACUAUCUCAUGGUCAUGGAUUAUAUUAAAGACGGAGACUUAAGAAGCUUUUUGAGGAACAGUAGCCAGUUAAAUUUUGAAGAGAGAUUAGCUCAACUUUGGCGUUUAAAUAAAGAUGAAAAAUUUGAACAGCAAUACCAAGGAAUGGAAACAACAAAAAAUCUUAACAACAAUAUAGUGCCUCUUUCUUAUCAAGUCCAUCCCUCAGCGAUUUACACUAGUCGCUUAUUAAACUUUAAAAAUCUUCCUCAACCGCAAAAUUCUCGAUUAAUUAACGAACAAUUUUAUAGUUUGCAAAACAAAACUUCCGAACUAAACACCCACCUAAUAAAAAUUCAACAAUUAGCCAAAGAAAUUAGUGCUACUUUAAAUCUUAUCUUCCAAAAAUCUGAUGAAUUAGAAAAAAUAAUCACCACUAACGAACUCACCAUCAGUGAAGAAAUGAAAAGUAAGCUUAUUGAAAUCAAAGCCUUAAAAGCAAGGGUAAGUGAAUUAGAAGCAGAGGGCAAUAAUGCUUAUCAAGAGCUAGAAAGAAAAAAACAACAAUUAGAAGUGCUAAAGAAUACUAUUAUUUCUAAUAAGCCUACAAAAGAAAUCAAUCAACUUUGCCAAUACCAAGAAGAAAUCACUAAGCUAAAAACCCAAUUAGAAGAAACUGCUCGGCAAGGAGAAAAGCAAAUUACUCAAGUAAUUAAUAAUAUUACAGUUGGCAGUAUGAAUGUUCAAGGAGGUCAUGCUUUAUUUGGCAACCAAAUGGGCAAUGAAACUAAUUUAAGUUAUAAUAAAUCAGCAGAUUUAUCUGAAACAAUCAAUUCUAAAAGAAAAAAAAGAAAUAGUUGA